AUCUCUUUCUCGUUUCUCCCUCUCUCUGUCUCCAUCUGUCCGUUAAUAUUGUAAUAAACUAGUUGUAAGUCUGGCAGCGCCAACUUUGCAUAUCGAUACAUAUGCAUCGAUACAUGCAAUUGGCGAUCUUGAUAAAUGUUGUGCAGUGCUGCCCAUCAUAAAAUUAAUUGGCAACACGUUAACUGCAAUUGUUUGAAUUGCAAAUAAAUAUUUAGUUAAAGCCCCAUUUCUGUCUAAUGGCAAGCAAACAUUGUUUAUCGUUGUCCUGGCAACCGAGGCCGGCAAUAACAAAGUAAAUAAAAUGCAAAGCGGCAUUUGGUAGUUUUUGCACCCAUACAGAUGGAAGUGGAUAUGGAAAUUAAAAGUAGCAACAGCUACUAUUAUUAUGGCCAGCCAUUAAUACCACAAAAGUCGAAUUUAAUCUUGCAAAUGUUGUUGCAAGCAAACGCCUAUGUCUCAAUACUCUGGAGCGUCAGCUAUUUGCUGCAUCUCUGCUUCUGGUCGCAUCUGCUGUGGAACUAUACGGGUCUGGCCAUGCUGCUGGCCUACGUGCUGGCCGUUGGCACUGAGUGGUUGCGUCUCUAUGCCAGCUACUCCAUCAAUCUGACCACAAAUGCCACGACCAUGUGGCUGUUUCUAACACUGACGCCCUGUGUGCUGUUGCCUGCCUUGGUCUACUUGCGUCUGGCCGUCGUCUAUGCCAACCUCUGGCUGCACUUGCUAUCGCAUGCACAAUUUGUGCUCAUCGGACUGGAGGCGCUAACGGCGCUCAUCUGCCACGUUUGCAGCCUGGCCACAGACAAGAGGAACACAAAUGCACUUAAAUCAAAUGGGCAGCUAUAAAGUUUAUGUGAUAAAACAUUAA